UGUUGGUAUGGCGCACCUUGCUUGGCGGGAACCUGAGGCUUUUUUGAUUCGUAGCAUUCUUGACAUCGCCGUCUUAAUUGCUCGUUUGUUUUGCCGUAAGAUCCGAUAUUGCGCUAUUUAUUGAUUCUUAUCGCGUCCAACUGUCGACCAUGCGUUUUCAUUUUCUCGAAACCAAGGAAUACCCACGUGUGUCACUAGUGUAAAUAACAUGAGAUCUGCCAAGGCAAAAGCAGCUGCUGCGUUGAAGAGCAGCCGAGAUGAGGACUCUUCGUCAGACGUAGCACAAGAAACACCUGUCGCGAAGGGGAGGAAGAGAAGUACCGCAACUCCUCGUGAGAGCCCUCGCAAGCGCACGCCUUCCAGUGCACCAGCCAAAAAGAAAGCAAAGGUGCAAAGCAAGCGGGUGUCGGAAGAAGAGUUGUCCAGCGAUGGUGAUAAGGAGAACGAGUCGGAUGAAGAAUACAUGACCGAGGAGGAGGAAGGGGCAGAGGCAGACCCUGCAGACGUGCCGGUCAAUCCAAAACGUGCCGCGUGCGGCAUGCCCGACUGUAAAUUUGAGGGCAAUGCCGCAGACUUCAUCGCACACUACAAGAAGCAGCACAAGGGAUUCAAGGUGGCAAAGUGCCCGAAGUGCAAGGAGAAGUUCAAAAUGUUGGCACCACUCGUCUGCCACGUUUACAGAGGGUGUUACAUCCGAGAAGACGGCGAUGGGCAGGACACAAACAAUGACAAGGAGGGUGGCAAGGAAGAGGAACAAAAGGGUGAUGAGGGGGAAGAGGGAGAAGAACAAGAUGAUGUUGAUGAUGGAGAUGAUGAUGAUGAAGAAGAAUAGGAUGCAGCAACAAAAGCUGUGCUGUGGUGCCCAGCAGUGAACCACCAGAUCCUGCGACAUAUUUGUGUUGUGUCGUCCAGCCUUGUAUAGCCAGGAUGCUUGAUCACGAUGUGCAGACAUUCAUGGUGGACCACAUUUAAAGUGAUUCACGUUGCUAAUGCCACUGUCGCACGGGCAGUCUUCAGCAGUGACCGCCGUGGAAGGCUGCCCGUGUGACAGGGCAGUAACUCAGUUGCCAUAUAAAUACUCCCAUGCUCUUGUACUCACGCUAUAUGUGUUGCAUGCAUUUUGCUCACAUGCAUGCACGCAAGAAAGUGAAUUUUUUAAUGAUGUUUGCUCUUAGAUGGAAAGUAAAUAUUUUUUAAAGUGAA